UUGAACCAUGGCUCGAGCUGAAGAAGGAAGCGCCGGGGGCCGGUGGCUUCAUUUUCAAGUGCCUCAGCACACAGGCUGCCCUUUAUUAGUGGGGGGCUGUAGAGCCUCCUGUCCCCAUCCAGGAUUCUGCUUUAGCUCAGUUGACUCGCCCUGGAAUUCUGCAGGCAGCGGGACAGAUUGCUUUUGUGAAGCCACCUGGAUGUCUUCGGGUGCGUUAUUUCCAAGCCUGGUGCCAGGCUCUCGUGGCUCCUCGAGCAAAUACCUAGUGGAAUUUCGGGCAGGGAAGAUGUCCCUGAAAGGCAGCACUGUAACUCCAGACAAGAGAAAAGGCCUCGUUUACAUCCAGCAAACCGAUGAUUCCCUCAUUCACUUCUGCUGGAAGGACAGGACUUCGGGCAAUGUGGAAGAUGAUUUGAUUAUUUUUCCCGAUGACUGUGAGUUCAAGAGAGUCCCACAGUGCACCACAGGCCGUGUGUAUGUAUUGAAGUUCAAGGCAGGAUCAAAACGACUCUUCUUCUGGAUGCAGGAGCCGAAGACAGACAAGGAUGAGGAGCACUGCCGUAAGGUGAACGAGUAUCUCAACAACCCCCCCAUGCCAGGGGCAUUGGGUGGGAAUGCCAGCGGAGGCCACGAGCUCUCAGCACUAGGAGGUGAGGGUGGCUUGCAAAGCCUUCUUGGAAACAUGAGCCAUAACCAGCUCAUGCAGCUGAUCGGACCAACGGGCUUAGGAGGACUUGGUGGGCUGGGUGCACUGACGGGACCUGGGCUGGCCAGUCUGCUUGGGAGUGGGGGACCUCCAACCAGCAGUUCAUCAUCAAGCUCUCGCAGCCAGUCGGCUGCAGUGACUCCAUCUUCCACGACUUCUUCCACCCGUGUAACGCCGGCCCCGUCCGUUCCUGCGGCUGCCUCGGUGACCAGUCCCAGCCCCGUUCCCAGUUCGGGUAAUGGAACCAGCUCAGCCACAAGCCCAACCCAGCCCAUUCAAUUGAGUGACCUUCAGAACAUUUUAGCUACUAUGAAUGUGCCAUCUGGAGCAGGAGGACAGCAAGUGGACCUGGCAGCUGUUCUGACUCCUGAGAUCAUGGCUCCCAUCCUGGCCAACGCUGAAGUUCAGGAACGAUUGAUGCCUUACCUUCCCUCAGGGGAAUCCCUGCCGCAGACUGCGGAAGAGAUCCAGAACACCCUGACGUCUCCUCAGUUCCAGCAGGCUUUGAGCAUGUUCAGUGCUGCCUUAGCUUCAGGACAGCUGGGCCCACUCAUGAGCCAGUUUGGGCUACCUGCAGAGGCAGUAGAUGCAGCAAAUAAAGGCGAUGUAGAAGCCUUUGCCAAAGCCAUGCAGAACAGUGUCAAGUCAGACCAAAAGGAAGGAGACUCUAAGGACAAGAAAGAUGAAGAGGAAGAUAUGAGUUUAGAUUAAGUUAUUUGCUCUUCCUUACAGAUAUUCCUAGAUACUAACUUAAGCAACUGCAGUAGGAUUACUAACUUCAUAUUAUGCUUAUAUAAAUCUACAAAUAAAGGAAUUUUCUUUAUCUGC